CUCAUCAUCAUUCUAGACUAUAUUCUCAACUGCAUCGACCUGCUCGAACAGCUUCUAGCACCCACAACGAGUGAGCUUGGGGGGAUCACAUCUUCGUAUCUAAACUACACCUCGCAUCAGCCUCACACGACCUCGCUUAGCAUCACCCACAACUCCCGCUCUACCGAUCGAUCAUGAGCCAGCCCAGCACGACCACCGCUACCGGUGCUGAUCCGGCAUCUCUCCCACCUUUACCCACAGACCAUCUAUCUCACCCUGAUCAAUGGGCGACGGGCGCUGAACCCGCUACAGACAAGCAAAAGGGUUUCAUCAAGGUAUUGGAAAAGCAGCAUCCGGAGAACGUUCCGGAAGGAGGUGUGGAUGUAGAGAUCAUGCAGAAAGGAGAAGCGAGUGAAGUCAUUCAGAAGCUCAAAGAAGGACAGAGCUUGGGUGAUGAGGAAGAGAAACCAGCAGGAGAAGUGGAGAAGAAGAAUGGAGUCACACAUGGUGAGGAGGUUCAGACAAAGCAGAAUGAUUCUGCCGCCACAGGCGAGAGACCUGUCCCAGACGUCGUGGAACAGAAGCAGACCGAUGCACACGUUGCGUCAUCCCUUGAAGAGGCCGAAGCGGUCUCGCCAGCAGCGGACAAGAGUGCCAAAUCGUUCGAGCAAGUAGUCUCUGAACAAGGAGCCAAGAAAGCCGAAGCGAACGCUCAGCCUCCAUCGUCCUCACUGCCACCACCCUCGAGCUCCCAGACAUCGUCCUCUGAGAAGGUCGAUUUCAGUGGGGUCGACAAGAACCCUACGAAACAGGCUACUCUGGAUGACAUGAUGGGUGGUAAGGCCAAGGCUGAAAGGGAUGACAAGACCAUAAAGUCAGAGGAGAUCAAGGAAGCGGAAGCGAAGACUCACGAGGAGAUCAAGGAUGGUCAGGAGAAAGAUGAGACCGUCUCCAACGGGCAGGGAGACAGUGUGAAGGGAACCAAUGGGCAUGUUGAGAAGCAGAAUGGUCAUUCCUCGACUGUAUGGGAGAGUGACGGAUCGGAGCCUCGAGCGAAGCGAAAGGAGCAGGACAAAGUAUCUGGAGAUGAAGAUGUACAGUCGUCCAAAAAGGUCAAGACCUCGACAUGAGGAAAGACUUAAAACCUUCUCUCAUCCUCGAGUAAGAGCUCAUCUUGACUUAGGUUGACAUGGUCAGGAGGAGAACCUCGAUUCACAGAUCUGUAUACACUAGUCGGACUCUCUUUCUUUCUCUGUAGCAUACAUUUCAUGCAUUUCCAUCCAUG